GUAAAAUACGGCAAAGACUUUUAAAGAUUGUGCAGAUAGGUAAGUCAAUAUAGUUGAUUCUUCUCUCCAAACUACUUGCCUUGACUUAACUUGUUCCUGAAUGACUUGUUAAUUGCACCUUCUUUUUUUUUGUUUUUCAUUGCAUUCUAACUCCAUCAUCUCCGUACAAACAAAUGCUUGUCGUAAGCUUCCUCUCUCUUCUCUCCCAUUAUUCCUUCAUAUGCUUCUGGUGCUUCAUCAUUUCCACUCCGCCGGUUCACGGCGACGGCGGCCGAGAAUUUGACCGGUUUCUCAGGUGUAACAGUACCCGCUACAACUGCGGUGGCAUCCGGGAUGUCGGGUACCCCUUCUGGGGCAAGGACAGGCCCGAAGAAUGCGGGCAUCCGUCGUUCCAUCUCAGAUGCAACGACAUCCGGAACGAGACGACCAUUGCCAUCGACUCGUUGUCCUUUCGCGUGAUCGAGAUCGACAAACCUAGCUUGUACACGAUGAAAAUCGCCCGCACCGAUUUCUUGAACCACGAGUGUCCUCCAAUCGGUACGGGGCUGACGGCCUCCGACGGCGGCGGCGCAUUUUCGUUCUUCCCCGACGUGGUAAACGCGACCCUGCACAUUGGGAAUUGCCGUUUUCCUCCCGACUACAGGAAUCUGGAGUAUUCGAAACUCGUGUUCGAAUGCCACCGUGGGGACCACCGCGGUGACGUUAGAAAUGUAACGGUCUCGUUCCCGAGUUCGGAUUCUGAUGGUGUCACGUGCGACGAUGACGGUGAGGCAUAUGUGAUGCGUGUUCCGGUUUCGAAACUCGGGUUGUUUGACGAGCUGGAGAAGAACGAAACGAGCACAAAUGCGUUGGAUGUGUUGAACCAAGGGAUCACAAUGUGGUACAAUGGUAGCAUUGAGUAUUGUUUGGCUUGCGAGGCUUCGGAUGGGGAGUGCUGGAUGAACACAAGCUCACCAAAACCAACUUGCCUUUGCCCUGAUGGGAUUUCUCCUUAUUUUUGUGGAUAUGGAGACCCAGGGCGAAGGACAACCAAGCUUUUCAUAGGUUUAGUGGCCGGAGCAGUUGGAGCUCUACUAAUAUCUGCUGUCUUCUUUUACUGUAAAAUCAAACCGUUAAGGCGGAAAACUGAGCACUUUAAGACUGCGGCAAUUAACCGGGAUAUUGAGGCUUUCAUCAAAGGCCAUGGACCUUUGGCUCUAACAAGAUAUAGAUUUGCAGAAAUCAAGAAAAUGACCAAUUCUUUCGAAGUAAAAUUGGGACAAGGUGGUUAUGGUAAAGUGUACAAGGGAAAAUUACCAGACGGACACCUUGUGGCUGUGAAGUUAUUGACCCUAUCGAAAGGGAAUGGAGAAGACUUCAUCAAUGAAGUUGCUAGCAUCAGUAGAACUUCCCAUGUUAACAUCGUUAACCUUCUCGGGUUUUGUUUGGAAGGCCAUAAAAGGAUUCUCGUUUAUGAGUUCAUGCCGAGUGGGUCUCUAGACAAAUUCAUUAACAACAAUGUGUCACACAACUCGCUAAGUUGGGAGAAUUUGUACCAGAUUGCGCUUGGCACGGCUCGGGGGCUAGAAUACUUGCAUAAAGGAUGCAACACUAGGAUUCUACAUUUUGACAUAAAACCACAUAACAUCCUUUUGGAUGAGAAUUUUUGUCCCAAGAUUUCAGAUUUUGGGCUUGCUAAGCUUUGCCUAAACAAAGAGAGCAUCAUUUCGAUUUCACAAGCCAGAGGCACUGUAGGAUAUCUUGCUCCAGAAAUUUGGAAUAGAAACUUUGGCGGGAUUUCACACAAGUCAGAUGUAUACAGUUAUGGAAUGAUGCUAAUUGACAUGGUCGGAGGGCGAAAUAACACGAAUGUUGAAACCAAAAGCGCGAGUGAGAAUUAUUUUCCAGAUUGGAUAUACAACAAGCUCGAGCAAGACUGCAGUUUAGAAAGCAAUGGAACAAACAAUAUAGAUGAAAAUGAUGUUGCAAUGAGAAUGACCAUUGUGGGACUAUGGUGCAUUCAAACAUUUCCAUCACAUAGGCCUACAAUAGGGAGAGUGAUUGAAAUGUUAGAAGGUAAUUUAAGUGCACUUGAAAUUCCUCCAAAACCAAUCUUAUCUUCUCCUCCAAGAUUACAAUGUGAGUUCUCCUCCACAACCAAAACCACCAGCACCACCGCAUUCAUUAGCGAUCCAAAUUCAGGUAAACAUCAAAGUGAAGCGAGAACAUCAAUUGCAUGUUGACGCGAUACAACAUUCAACCAAAGUUUUAUGUACCACUCUUACUAUUUUGUGUAUUUUUUGUAACUACAUAUAAUCUCAAUCAUAAAUAUAUCUUCGAGAUGUUGUGGAAUUACCCAAAGGCGUGUCCAUGCUAUAGGUGUCUUCUCUUAGUUAAAGGUUCGUGAUUGCAACAAUUGCAUAUCUUGAAAAUUAAAAAAAAAAAGAAAUAGAAAUGAAUACAUAUCUAGGAG